AUCUCCUCUUCUGGGGUCCUGACAUGGGUCUUUGACAAACGUGGGAGACGCGAAAAUGUUGUUUUGAUUCCGUCUGUGUACUUGUUUGACAGUAAAAUGACAGAUAGAUUUUGUGUGUGAAAAGGAACCUUAUAGUGGAAGAGGAUUACUUUUACCAUGAUGCCCGGGGACAACCAGUCCAAAACGGUGGCAAUAGCUGCCGACGCCACCGUUGGGAACUGUCAAAACUGUUCCGUUUUGCAUCAGACCGUGACCGAAUAUGUGUCUUCAUUUCUUGCACUGAAACAGGAAAUAGCGGGAUCCCAUGACACAGUCAGACUACAGCAGCAAGUGGAGGAACUGCAGGUUAAACUGGUUACUCUGGAGAAAAAGACUUGUGAUUAUGACUCAGUCAAGGCUGAACUUGAGGAAAAGAAGAAUGCUGUUAGGGCCUGUGAGCAAAUGUCAGAGGAAAUAAAGAAACUGAAGCAGGAAAACAGCAGGGCAACAGCAGACAAUGAAAACCUGGAAAAGCAACUAAAAGAUAUGAAAGAAAUAACUGAAAAACAGUCACUGGACAACAUGCAGCUGAAAAGGGACAAGGCAGCAGUAGAAAAUGAGUUGUUGGAAACACAGGUGACACUGACUAAAUCUCGAGCAGAAGCACUUCGAGUUGAACAACUGAUCGAUGAAAAGGCCAAGAUUAUUCAAACGAAGGAAAUCCUCAAAAACCAAGUCAGUUUGUUGGAAGACUCGGUUUGCAAAAAGAACCAUCAAAUAUCCCAAUUGGUCUCAGAAAAGGGUUUCUGUGAGAGAAACAUGCACGAUCUCCAGGUGAGAUUGCUGAAACUAGAAAGAGAAAGAAAUAAAGAAUACAGGAGCAUAUCAACCCAAGCAAAAGCACCAGAGGAGCCCAAGGUUGACCAUGAAAAAGUCAGAACCCUCCUUGAGGAACUGUGGACAUGUGUAGACAUCUAUGGGCAGCACUCCAAAAACCAGCACCUUUCAAAUGUUGACACGUCAUUAAACCCCAACUCUAGCUCCAACUCCAGCCUACUUUUACCCUCCCUUGCCAGAAACGGAGUGUGCGCCCAUUUGAGAGAAGACAACAUGGAAUCUCAUAUCUAUGAAGUUAAAAAAAAGACUGAUUAUCCACAGAUGAAAAUGUCUCCACCUUCACAAAAAGCAGUCAAGCUCCAAGUUUCUCUUCAGGCCCUCGAUACCAGGAAGAAGAAAGCCAACGUAGCUUCUCCCAAAAAUACCAAGUCAUUGUCCACGGAUCAUAGAGCCACGGAUUCAUCUACUGAUCCUGAAAUGUCUAAAGUGUCUGUGGAGGAGAUAAUGAAAAUGUUCAGACCGUUGCCUCCUUGCAUGUCACCACUGCCAUACGAGGACACAGAGACAGAACCUAUGGAGACUGAAGAUGAAAAAACUGAAAUUCACCCACAACCUUUGAACGACUUGACCGAUCAGCAAGUGCCAUUGACCAAAACACUGUCUUCAAGUACUUGUCAUAACCUUUCAUCACCGGUGGAGAAGACGACAGUGACAACACUCGAUGUGACUCACCCUUCUUCAGAAAAUGACCCCAAAGAAUUGGGACAAAAUGAGUGGACAAAAACUGUUGAAACAAAACAGAGGACGGAAGGGAAAGAUGCUCCAAAAGACAUGUUCACAGAGCAGGGAGCAGCAUCACCAUCAUCAUCAUCUCCUCCAUCAGAUAAUUCACAUUUGGUUGUUUCAGUAACUGGUGAAGAAAAUCCUGUCACCAGUCUCUCCAGCAGUAAAACUGAAAGUCCCUUACGAAGAUCAGAAAAUCAGUCAGAGACUCCCACGAAAAUGGAUGUUGACGGACGCGUUGGUUUCACCAGUGACAAAUCCGUUUCUCCUGAAGCAGGAGACGGCGGAGUCUCAGUACAAGCUGGUGACGUGCUUCCAAACUCUCCUCCAACUUUUCCCGACCCUGUGGCAAACACUAAAGUUCCGAGCACAGUCAACAAUUCUGAUGUUGAAAAAACUCAACAGGACACUUUUGUGGAUGAAUUUGUCCCAAUGCCACAACAGAAUGGAAUUUCUCCAGGCAAGCAGAGUGGUGAGCCACAAGAGGGCGACAUUUGUAUGUCAGGCAGAAGUACCUCCAAUAAAACUGUUAAAAAGAUUAAUGAAAGCAAAGGAUCUGAGGUAGAAAAUAGUCACGAGGUACAAAGAUCUAUAAAAGGUCAGAGGUCAUCACCUUCCUUAGAAUCACACAACACCACUGGACCACAGAGCCCUCCAACAAUUUUACAGUUGAAUGUAAAUGAUGAUGGGGGCCAGGAAUCCGAACAAGCUGCAUUCAGGACUACUUCAGACCACAACCUAAAGCUUGAACACAAGUCUGCACUGACUAUUUCCGAGGAGACUUACAGUCUUGACUAUAAAUCCUUGGCAGAGAAUACACACACUGCGUGCAGACGGUUCAGUCCUGUGUGUCUGUUCCCCUCAGUAAAGGUACAGAGUUUAGAAGCUUGCGUUGAUGAAGGGAAAUCACAACUGACUGUUGGAAAUACCAGCAUUAGAACACAUAAGAAACUGCUGCGGUCUGUAGCUCAUUCAGAGCAGAACGGUGUUGACGAUGACCCCCAAGAGAACAGAUCUAGUCUUCAAACUAGUUCUUCCUCGUUGACACAGCACACAGUUAUCACAAAUGGACUACGUCAAUGUUUGGAGCCAAGUACUGGAGAGAGUGGAGGUCCGCAGCUGACGGAGACGGCAGCAGCCUCACCUACGCUCUCACCUCAGCCAGUGCAGUGCUUAGGUGAUCUUCGCUCUAAAAUGGGACCCCCACUCCCUCCUCUCCUGACCCCCCUGAGCACACCUCCAAAACAUGGGAAGUCCAUCAGUCCGUGUCAAGCUAUCGGGAAACUCUCAUUUCCCUCCCCCCUGGACAGAGCGGCUUCUCCUCACACUCCCGUCAGUGCCCACGUGACAUCCUCCAAACAUCCACUGAACUCUUUAAACAGCCCGUUGCGGUCAAACGGAGUCCUAUCCUCACCUCUUCAGUUCGGCUCGGCCACGCCCAAACACGCCGUGCCCGUCCCAGGUCGCCUGCCAGUAACAGCCAAGAAUGCCUCCCCCUCCUCGUCCUCCAGUCCUUCUCAGGAGAACUCCAUGAGGAUCCUGGACACCAUGUACCCAGAGAUGUCCGCCCGAGCUAGGACUCUGAGCAUUCUCAGAGGGAACGUUAACUUGAGCAUUUGCACGUCGGACAGUGGGACGUUGCCUACCACUGCUGACAGUCAAGUGUCCGGUUUCAAGUCCAUCAACUCCACCUCAACAGCCUUCACCAAAACCGAGGGCAAAGGCGAAAAAAGGCCAGCGGCCAGUCUGCUGCAGCCGCAAAACAACAAAUGCAGACGACUCGACGACUGCUCCGACACCAACAGUGAAACACAGAUGGCUUCCUGCUCGUCCAGCAACGCACAGGAAACGGCCUCAUCCAAAACAGUCUUUACACCACCAGAACAUCCCUCCAGUUCCAUGGGGAGUGGAGAACAAGAGGAGAAGAAUCCUGUCACCGAGGCUCUGGAGAAAAUACAGCACAAGUGCUUUGAUUUGUUGCCUGUGGUCCAGAGUCAUGUGUGGGUGAAAAACCUGCCUAAGAAGCCGGUGAUGAGGGAGGAGGAGAAGGACGUUGUCUCCGAUGUUGGUCAUGGCUCCAGGCUUGCAGCAGACGACAUGAUGUCUGCCAUACUUAACAAACUGAAGGCAGAAAAAAACAGCCUCAGCAGUGAUUACACACAGGCUCUCUGCAGAGUCUACACUGCCCUCUGCAGGCAGAGAAGCUUAUGGGAGCAGGCCCGCGUCUUUGCCUACUGCAUUCUGACAGAAGAUUUUCCCGAUGCUGCCAAGUUGAUUCUAUUUAUGGCAACAACAUGGCCCAGUGUUUUCUCACAGAGCAGUCCUUUGUGCCAGGCCAUUCACAUCGUCACUAAACUGAAAGCCAACGACGAGCUCCUCACCUGCCUGACAGCCUUUCUUGGCUGGGAAAAGAUGCCGCCAUGUGACAUUGAUCACCUGAUCUCCAGACUACUGUCUGAACUUCGUACAGGUUCAGGUCUGGUUCUUACAGAACACAAUCGAUACGGCUAUGACCUGGGACCUCACGCUUGGGAGCACGUCUUCACACUGCACCUCCUCUGUAUGCAUAAGAAGUGGAAGUGGACAUAUGAACAUGUCCUGGGGAAAGAGCUGUGGCCAUUGAUGAACUCGUGGAUGACGCAGCCACGAGAUCGACAGACGCCAGUUUCUGAUGUAACUGUGGCGACUGUGCUCCGACUUAUAGGAUGCCUGGGUCAAAUGGGAAUGAAAGAAAAAUGUGUGUCCUCGGUGGUCACCGUCGCCUCUGUCAUCAAUGCUUUUGGCAGACACGGACUGUCUGAAGGUGUACCCUGGGAGGUCCAGUUAGCAGCUAUCUACUGUAUCUAUGAACUGUCUCCCUGCAACCCCAAACAGGCCAUGGAAGCGUUGGCGGGGUGGAGAGAAGACACGUCUCAGAGAGUUCCUCCUGCAGUCACCAGCUGCAUUAACCAGUUAGCGUCAGUAUGCAGACAAGUCAAGAGCUGAUAUUGACACGGACUCUAGAACGUUAUGUUAAUGUGGACUGAAAAAUAAAGUACCAAUCAUGUAUUUUAAGAUUUUUAUUACUUCACAUCAAUCAUUAACUAAGCUGUAACUUUCUUCAUGCUUCAAAGUUUGACAUUUGAUGUCGUUAUAUUCACCAAUUUAUGCAAGAGCUUAAUUUGAGCAGGUGUUUUAUUUUUGUUACAAACAUGUUCCAUUACAAGGCUGUAAAAAUAUGUAAAAUUUCUAUUUGAGAUCAUGUGUGUGCUGUUGUAAAUGUCUUCUGUUUUGUUGUAAAUUAGGUGUUUAAAGUUUGAAAUAAUUUUGUACAGUGUAGAGAUUCAGAAGAUAUUAAUUAUUUUUCAAUAUUAAAAAGACUUUGUAUUGGACCAAACAAACAGUUCUGGUGCACUCUGAGCAUCAAUCUUUGCAACACAAACCUUUAUCUGCAGAAAUUGGAGUGUUCUGUUAGAAAACAGACUGUGUGUAGGAGCCCCUUCUCCCCUGCAGGGGUUGCCAUUAGGUUGGAAUGACUUAAUUCAUGAGCGUAGUGCACCUGAUGACAGAUCUAGUAAUCACUAGCAGGACUGGAGGGUACACCAUGACAAUAAAACAGACCUUAUUUUGAACAAACAAUACAUAUGAAACAUGAACGCAUAUCUUCUACAUUGUUCCUGUAAACUGACUUAAAUACGCUAUUAGCAGAUUUAAGAUACAUUACUAC